AUGGGAAAUUCCAGGGGAGGCGCUGUGGCCAUGAAAAAGGGAUUGAGUACCACCCAAAGGCGGGUCUACUGGCUCAUUGGCAUUGGACUGACCUGUGCGGUCAUCCUCAUUGUUUGCAUAGCCGUCCCUAUCACUGUAUUCCAGGCGCGUGAUCGACGUGAACGGGAGAGGCGUUGGCGUUUGGAGAUCAGCGAGGCGGACCGUUUGGCAUCCGCAUUCCGCAGUACUGUUAUUGAUGCCAUUUCGCUAACGCACGGGAUGGAGGGAUUUACCUUGGGAUCCAUGACUUCACUACCACCUUUUAAUGGCACUGUGGAGGAACGUAUAAAGGAUCAAAUGUUUCCUCGAUUUAAUCAAGUAGCUUCCAAAAUGCAUUCAACAACAAAAUUUGUACAGGCUUUUAUACUUGCACCAGGUGCUGUGGUGUUGCAGACAUUUCCAGAAAAUGAUGAAAUGACUAAAUAUGACUUUUUAGAUCCUAAAAAUGAAUUGGGAGAUCCAACAGCAAUUGAGUCUAUUGAUAACGCAAGUGUUUUUGCAUUUGGACCACUUCAUCGAGCCCUCCCUUCUUUUCCUGGGGAAUGGCAACUUAUUAUACGUAAUCCUAUUUAUAAUGUUACAGAUGUUGCUGACGCAUCAAGAGAUAAUUUUUGGGGAUUUUCGCUCGUUAUUCAAGAUGUAGAUGCGAUGAUGGAUGCUAAUUUACUUAACGAAAGUACACAAAAAAAUGGUCUGGAUUAUCUUAUUUAUACUGUUAGACGCAAAACGGGUGAAAGUAUACCUAUUCGUUUUUCACUGAAUCCAAAUCCAACAUACGAAGAAAUGAAAGAUUUUAUUGAUACUGGAACAAACCGAGCCGUGUUACGUAAUCGUCUUACUUGGUAUAUUUGCUUGCGUAGUGUACAUAAAGAACCAGAACUUACACGAACAGCUAUUGUUAUUAUUAUAGUUUCUGCUGUAUUUGGGUCUCUACUCAUUUUUCUAGUUGGAACCUUUAUGGUUUUGAUAUGUAUACGAGACUAUGAAGGAUGGAAACAUGCACCCAAGACAACUCCUUUUGCAAUUGCUGUUAUUGGUCCUUGUAAUGGAGAAGAAUUAUGGGAAUUAGCUCCAGAGUGUAUGGUACAUGUCUCAGAACGAUUAACAGCUGUACAGCGGCGGGAGAUUGUACGUCAUAGGGCGUAUGAGGGAGUACAGUUACAUCCAUACACCACCACAGUUGUGGCCCGCUCCGUAGAAUCAGCUUUACAGCUCUGUUUUGAUAUUCUUGAAGAAUUACAGUCACAUCCUAUUGAUAAUAAUUUACAAGAACUUUUAGGAGAUGAUGGUCGAUUGCUUCUUGCAUGUGCGGUACAUUGGUGUACAGAUGCCAGAGUUCGUAUGGAGACUAUUAAUAGAAUUAUUCGUUAUGAAGGUCCUGAUGUUGUUUAUAGUGGACGUAUGUGGGUAUUUGCAUCACCUAAUGAAGUUUGCAUAAGUAAUGCCGCACGCAAUGUUGUGAAUAAUAUCCCUGGUUUGAAGAUUGAACUACUUGGUAGUGUCUUCUUGCGUGGAGUAUCAGAACGACAGGACCUGUAUACUAUUAGUGAUCCAAGUAACAAACGACUUCAGGCAGCAUCCAUGGCCGCAAAAGCACAUACAUCUAAUAAUAAUCUUCCCAUGAUACCAUCAUCUAUGGAAACAGCAGCAGGAAAUCCAUUAUCUAUGGAUCCAGGAUUACUUCAGCCAAAUCCAUUUACUUCUAGAGAAGCUCAUGGAUCGAGUAUAGAUUCUAGUGCUUUGUUGUAUUCUGAUGGAAGCUGUCGGACAUUAGAGUCUGGUGGGAUUGGUUUUGCUUAUGGAAGUUCUCAUAGGAAUAGUAACAGUAGUAGUGGCAAUAUGAGGAGUAAUAACCGAUUAUCUGAUGGCCCUGGAGGAUCAAAAGGACCAAAGCAAAUUAAUGUUCCCAAAACACUGAUUGAAUUGGUUCCAACAGAUGAAAUGUCUCCCAUGAAAACACAUCGUGAUAUCAAUACACGUACGGAUCCACUAUCUUCAGUAGAUGGUAGCAAUAGGGGUUCUAACUAUGAGGGUAGUUCGAAACUCCGCGUAACCACAGAAGUAAAGAGUGGUAUUAACUUUGUAGAAAAGGAUCAGUCCCCUUUUUCACAAAUGCAAAGCGGCAGUAAUACGAAUACAGGUAUCAACAACAAGAGAAAGUCGUAUCCAAACAGUAUGAAUGGUGUGAUGAAUCGCAGCAAUACAGAAAUGCGAGAAGGUACAGUUCCGUGUGAUGGUGACUUUGUCACCGAGGCGUUACUGCAUCCAAAGAUCCCCACUUCUGUUGAUACACAUCUCCGUGCUGUGUUUGAGCAUCAUGCGGUGAUGCUGGAUCUCAGUUACGACUCUCUUCGCACGAUUGUGUAUUACUUUUUCUCGGCCUUUAAACUCCUCUUAAAGCCACUGGCAGCACCGGAGCGCAGUAAUAUCUUUCACCGCUUUGCCAUGGCCUUUGGUGUUCCCCUGCACGAUGUGUUGGAGCACCUCGCCGUGCGGUGUGCGAUGCGGCACAUCCAACAGCUGGAGGACACCCGAUCGCUGCUGUGGAACUGCCAGCAACAGGCACAACUGCAGAUGCACCUGCACUACCCGCGGGAUACCUCGCCGCUGGUGGAGAGCAGCGGAACUAUACAGACAAGUGAAACUCCAAUGGCGUCUGGGUCACGUUUAACAGAUAACUAA